UUUGGAACUAAUCAACAAAAGCAUUGUUGCAGCUACCUCUAGUAGUGCUAGUUCGCGAAGUUCGACUUUUAGGAGGACGAUGGGGGAAAUGAAGGACCCAAGGUGAAAAUGAUGAGACCAUUCUUCAGGAUUCAGUUCGCUCAAGCUCCAGAGGCCUCCUUUUGGCUUCUCUCAGGAGUCUUGUUAAAACUUUUCUUGCUUUUUUCCGCGGCAAUCAACUACAACUGUAGUCUUGCGAGCGCGUCGGGCGAGAAGCUUGUUGCCGAGCAGAAAAUCCAGCUCCAGCAGUACGAAGGCAACUUUCAUGCCGCCCAAGGACACGAGCUUGGCGCCAGGCGGUGGGUGGGUGGAUUCUCCGGCUCUCGCGCACCUUGGUAUCUUACUGAGGCACGACGUCUUGUUGAGGAGGCAUACGAGCAGGCAGAAGGCGAAGAUCCUAGCGGGCAGACGGACCCCUUUGUGAAGUUUUUUGCUGCUCAGAAUCACAUCGUCGCAGCUCUCGAGCUCGUGACUGCUUCGAGGUGGGUCAUCAGACAUGAGCUUGAUGAUGAAUCUUCAUCGCAUCGGAUUAGUUCAGCGUCGUGUUCUACUCCGACAGACACGGCAGGCGACGGGAGCAACACUAUGGCUACGCCCUCGGGUGAGGAUGAAAUAAAUGGUAUUAUUCUCUCUGUGGAUGAUCCCCCUCAUUCGGAAGUAGCAACGCAGAAAUCGACAUCCGCCACCAGAUCGUGUACAGUGGCAGGGCAAGAUGCGUUGCCCCAAAAUUCUAGGCCAAGCGGAGACGAAGAUUAUAUCGAACGCUCAUCACAAUCUGAAAAGGAACGUGUCGCGCGCGUCUGGUUCGACGCAGGGCUCAUCGUACUCAGCAUGGUUGGUCUCGACCUUGAUACUCCUAAAGACGAUCUUCUUGAUUGGGGGUUCGGUAUGACGUGGCGCGGGAUCCAUCUGGAGUGUGGAUGUCUGCAUGUUGACGAUGUUCCUACCUUCUCGUCAUCUUCUAGUACAGCACACAGUUCGUCUCCAACUCCAUCUGCAACUACUUCAUCCAGUCCAAAUUAUACGCAAGAAGAGUGCUUGAGAUCAUGGCCGUGUUUGAAAGGCAAGAGCGAAGAAAUCCAUGGCUAUUUGGCGCCCAGUGCGCUCGAUGUCGCUGGUGCGGGUAAAGUAAGAGUGGGUACCUUGGGACGCUCGCAACAAGGCAGCUCUGGUGCUGCAGCGCAUCUGCUUCGUCCUGUGAACGCUUGGCUGAAACAGCUGGAGCAAAGAAUUGAGGAUCAGGCGUCGGACACGGUGAUGGCGUUUCCUCUUGUUUCCGAUAUUCUUGUAUCGCCAUCUGCAGCAAAAGGCAAAAGCCUGAGAAAGCGCUUGUCGCUGAGUGAUUUUCUACCCGACUACAUAGUUGACAUCGGAGAAGUGAAGCGGACGGCGCAGGGAAAGGGAGGCACAAAACUCGGGAGUGGGCAAAAAUCGCCCCCUUCUCAGGAUGUUGAUAGGGACAAGCAAGACCCCUUUAGUACAAAGCAACCUCCAAACAUGUCAAUAUCCGAUGACGUUUGGAAUGUCGCUUCCCUUUUUUCAACGCCGAUGGGCAUUCGCCGUCUGCCAGGGGUGACUGAGGAGGACUGCAGACUCUUGGCAAGUGUUUUCACCUCUAAGAUGGAAAAUUUAGCCACGACGGUGCGAGCCAGUCCAGAAAAAUAUCUGCAGUCCCCGGGCGAUGAUAUUUGGAGUACACUAUCAAAUAUCUUCUUUUCUAUAUGGAGCGACAGUGUCGAAAUCGUCCCGGAGAGAAAUCACGGUCAGAAAGUCGAAUAUACUAGUCACAGCAUAUCGAAAUCCAAUUCGUCGGCAGCAACGAGAGAAGAUCAAAUAGUAACAGAUGGCGCUGAACUAGAAAGACAAAGAAGUGUUGGACAAGACGAUGUUCUUGACCGUACGCCUACCACAAGAAAAGACCGCAACAAUGAAGUUCUUUUCAAUAUUAAAACAAGCCGGCGGCAGACUGAAAAGAGCCUACAGCGAUCGUGGCCCGAGUUUUUUGCCGUCCGCGAGACCGUGUACAAAGUCGCAGACAGAAUACAAGAAGCCGCUAUAGAAUUUGCACAGCAGAAACUGAUACCACCAGGACGGACCGCCAACGCCAAUGGGAGACUCGAUUUCAACAUGUUUGCUCAUCUCUGGGCACAAGUGUAUCUUCCCCACGGCGGUCGUCAUCCGGUCCACGCGCAUCAAGAUUCCUUCGUUUCUUGUGUGUUUUAUGUUGCCGCCGAUCCGCAGCGAACUCCUCUUGCGCUAGUAGAUCCUCGCGGUGGCUCGGUUUUGCACGACUACGAAAUGACGGACUUUGAGGUCGUCGAGAAGAAAACUUUAGAACAUUUAGCAAGAGGGCGGGAUUACACGACUGGUACUCAAAGGACUGAUGAUGUUACUCCCUCUGCGAGACGACCCGCGUGGCAACCGUCGCCGCCCUUCCACAAGCCGCAUUAUGUUUUUGCGCGCACCGGCGACUUGGUUUGCUUUCCUUCGUAUCUGAUUCAUUUUGUGGCUGCCCACCACAAAUCAAACGUUACACGCGUUGCAUUCGCCAUGAAUCUACAGACAGGGCCACGAAAAGACGCGUGGCAUAUGUCACUCUAACGAAGGAUAGUCUUCCCGAGAAAUUCCUGAUUUCACUUCGUGCAAGGCGUUUUUCGUCUCGAGCAGUUGUAUUUGUC